UGUCUGUGAUAGAUACAAUGGCCCAAACAGCAACUCAAACUAUUGAAACUAACCAUGAAGACAUGAUUCACGAUGCUCAGCUCGACUAUUAUUCUCGUCGUUUAGCUACAGCUUCUUCUGAUCAUACCAUCAAGAUUUUCAACGUAGAUGGUGACAAUCAAACCUUGAGUCAUACCAUUACUGACAACACAGCUCCUGUGUGGCAAGUUUCAUGGGCUCAUCCCAAGUUUGGCACCAUCUUGGCUUCUUGUGCCUAUGAUGGUCGUGUACUCAUCUUUAAGGAACAAAAUGGCAACUGGACAAAAAUUCAUGAAAAUAACAAGCAUACUGCUUCUGUCAAUUCUGUUGCUUGGGCUCCACAUGAACUCGGUGCUAUAUUAGCCUGUGCUUCUUCUGAUGGUAAAAUCUCUAUACAUGAAUAUAAAGAGGAUGGAUCUUGGGAAACACAACUAAUUGAUGCUCAUGGCAUUGGUUGUAAUGCGGUUACUUGGGCACCUGCUGCUAUUCCCGGUAGUUUAGUCCAAACAAACAGUGGUAAUCCCAAUGUCAAUGUAGUAAAGAAAGUUGUUUCUGCAGGUUGCGACAAUUUAAUCAAGAUUUGGGGAUACAAGGAUGAUACCAAGACUUGGCAAGAAGAAGAGACCUUAGAUGGUCACUCAGAUUGGGUUCGUGAUGUUGCUUGGGCUCCUAAUGUUGGUCUUCCCAAGAGUUAUUUAGCAAGUUGUUCUCAAGACAAAUCUGUAUUGAUCUGGACACAAGAAAGCCCUAAAUCAGAAUGGACUCACAAGACACUGGGCCAAAAGUUUCCUGAUGUUGUCUGGCGUGUCAGUUGGUCAUUGUCUGGUAAUGUGUUGGCAGUUUCCUGUGGUGAUAAUAAAGUUACAUUGUGGAAGGAAUCUUCAAAAGGUGACUGGGAAUUACUCGAAACACUUGAAGAAAGUGCUUAAAGCACCAUGUAUAAUAAAGUGAUACGAUUUGAUCACCCUUUGAUUCUGAAUGUGUGUAACGCGUCUUUAAUUUAGGAGAGAGAAACUGAGCUCAUAAAUGGGUAAUACCGGG